CUUCUUUCAAUAAUAGCCCACACCAUUCUACCACUUCUCUCUCUCUCUCUCUCCAAAACCAUGGCGGCAAAGCAGGUCGACGGCGACGGUAUUUCCGCGAACCUCGCCGGGAUGUCGAAGAACCAGCUUUACGACAUUAUGUGCCAGAUGAAGAUGCUGAUCGAACAGAACCAGCAACAAGCCAGACAAAUUCUCAUCCAGAAUCCUCUCCUGACCAAAGCUCUCUUCCAGGCACAAAUUAUGCUUGGAAUGGUGCAACCCCCUCAAGCGAUUCCAACUAUCCAGCCUACAGUUGCACUGCCUCGUACACAACCAGUGCAACCAGUUCAGCAAGCAAAUAUUCAGACUACUCAAGCAUUGCCAGGACAAAAUGGUUCCAAGGACCAAACUAGUUCAGCACCUCAGAUAUCAUCUCUUACAAGAAACCAACACCAAAACCCACCUGCGAUCCCAGUCCCACCUGCUUCUUCUGCCUCUCCCUUCAACCUUCCAACCCAGUCCUUCCCACCACAUGCCUUACAGCCAGUAGUACAGCAGACUGAGGGACAACAUAUUAGCAACCAAGCAACAACAAUGUCACUUCCACAAUCCUCUCAACUUCCUAACAUAUCUCCACUUCCACAUCAUUCUGCUUCUCAUACUCCCCCACUUCAACCCCCAAUGUCAAUUGGCUCUACCCCGUUGCAGCAAUCGUUACAGAAAAGUGUAAUUCAACAUCUGCCACUCCAACCCCCGCUGCCACCACAACCCAGACUACCUUCAAUGACGGCUUUCUCUCACCAGCUUCACUCACAGAUAGGGCAGAAUGCAGGUUUCCAGCACCACUCUGGUGCACCUCAGAUGCACCAUUCACAGAACAUGUUCCACUUAGGUAACAAUCCUCCAUCUGGCAUGAGGCCUUCAUUUCAACAGGGACAGCCACCACUUCCAAGUCAGCCACCACCUCAGUCACUUUAUCAGGUUGGAGGUUCACAUUUAGGUAGAGACUUCAACACUCAGGUAGGAAGCUCCAUGCAGCCCGAAAGAGGACCUGUUUGGUUGCCCGGUCUUUCAGAUAACAUGGGAACACAGCUUCCGGGACCGCCACCGUUAGUCCCUGGUCAGAUGGGCCAGGGCAGUCAGCCUCCACGGCCUGCACCUUUGACCCCUGAGGUGGAGCAGGCGCUACUCCAGCAGGUCAUGAACCUCUCGCAAGAACAGAUUAAUAACCUUCCCCCAGACCAAAGAACUCAAAUCCUCCAGUUGCAGCAGAUGAUACGACGUUAAGGCGGGAAAUCAAUUGGUUUGAAAACGCAUGGGAGGCAUUUUGCUCUCUUUUGCUGUAACUGCAGCAUAGAACAGAAUCUCCCAAAUCCAUUUCUUCAUUGCAUGCAUUUACCUCUCAAUCAGCCAAGGUCAACCAAUUUCAACAGAAUUGCCAAUGUCAAUUUUAAAGUUCUGUUGUUUGGCUGAUCCGCCAUCAGGCAAUUUUUAAUUUAGCAGGUUCUGUAGUUGGGGUUCUUUGUUUUUUUUUUGUUUUUUUUUGUUUUGGUCUAUGAACAUCAGUGCUUGGGUUUCCUUUUUUAAUUACUUUCUGUUGUAAUUCUGUUAACCCCAAAAUGUUGUGACCCCUUUAGCAGUUCAUUAUCUAUAAACAGCAUCAAACAGGUCAAAAAAUCAGAACCCGAAUUUAACACAAUUUACAUAACCUGCCCAUUUGAACAUGAGAUGUUCUUCAAGAAAUACAGGCUUUGUAAACACUUCAAGAAAUACGGUAAAGAUGUUCAAAAAAAAAAAGAAGAAAUACGGUAGUCUCUGAAAGAGCACUUCUUCUUUUCUUUUUUUUUUUUUAUAUCUUUAGACUGAUAGAAGUUGACAAUGACAUUUUUUUGGGGGAUUCAAUUUUAAGUCUAC